GAGUUGUUACCUUUCCAUUGAAGAAGUUUUCUCUCUGAAAACUUUCCUUCUAUCAAAGACAACAACCAACUCUCUUCAGUCAGUGUAUAAUCAUAACAACCAGUCACCACAAAACACAAGUUGUCUGGACCUGAGAGUAAGAUGGCUCCUCUGAUAUUUCCUCGUGGGGAUGUUUCUCCAUCAAACUCCGAGCUCCUCCAUAAUACUAUCGGUUUUGUGAUUCCUUCUUUCAUCUUGUUCGGUUUCCGCAUCCUCAAUGCUACCUGGGUCAUGGCUAAGAUGAGAUUUGAAGAUUGGCUCAUGUGUGUCACAAUGUGCUUCUACACAGUCCUCUUGAUUUUGAUCAAUGUUUCUGCUCGUUAUGAAACCAAUUUGUUCCCCCCAGACCAGCUGGCUUCAAUUAUGGCCGACCCCGACGACGUGGCUUCGCGAAUUUAUGGCUCUAUCAUUGUCAUUCCGCUUGAACAAUGUAUGCUUGCUUCCACCUGGUGCGUCAAGAUCUGCAUUUGGCUCUUCUUGUGGCGUCUUUGUCGCAAUCUUCCAAAUUUGCAAAUGGCACUCAAGAUCCUCAUGGGGUACAUUGCUGUUGGCUACGUUGUAAUCAUGUUUGUCUACUACGUUGGUGUCUGUCGUCCAUUUAAACAAUACUGGGCAGUUCCCGUUCAAGAUGAACAAUGUGCGACAUACCAGCAUUAUUCAAUCGUCCAGAUGGUUUUCAAUAUCAGUUCUGAUUUUGGUUUGAUCCUCAUUCCACUCUGGAUGUUCUACAUUGCACGUCUUCCACCUAUGCGCAAAGCUAUCUUGAUGGGCGUCUUUUCUCUCGCUGUCUUCACAAUUCUUGCAGCCAUCUUGAACAAAUAUUACAAUUUCUCUAGCCCAAUGACAACGACUUAUCAACUUUGGUACAUUCGCGAAUCUUCAGUUGCUAUCUGGGUCGGGAAUCUUAUUUGCUGCUGGCAAAUCGUUCAAAAGAUCUUCAAGGCUCGCUCUUUCGAUAAUCAAAAGGCAGAGAUUGAUAUGCACCCAGAGAUGAUUGCUCGGAUGCAAAACCCUUCAAAUUACACUGAGAAUGGCAGUCCAAAGCCAAAAGACUGGAUGGAUCAACUCAUUGCUCGCCGCAAGGCACUUGGGGAAUUUCUUUCUGUUGCUACCCGUUCACGUUUCACAACCCGUGCUACUGGCCGCUCUGGAGCACCUUUGAACUCUUCCAGCGAGCAAACUGCUCUUGCUAACUCUCGUGGUGAUCCUGUCUCUAUGAUGACGAUGGAAAAGGGUGACGAGGACGCUAUAUUGCCAACUCUAGCCUAUAGAGAGAACGAGAAAAUUGACUAGGCACCUUUCUCAUUCUUACCUACGUCACUCUAGACCUCGACUUGAACUUUUCGAACUGGGCUAUGAUAGAACUGACCGCUUGGUACACGUUAUGAUAUUUAAUGCUUUUACGAAUUCGGACGAAAGACGAUACAUGGUGAUGACUAGAAAAGGAGUUAGACGCGGAUGGUGGUUCAAUUGCUUUACUUCUAUAGUUGAUGUUUUCGAACUCCCUGUUUUCUCCAUGAGGAUGUUCCAUUGACUCUCCUGUACUUUGUAACUUUAGUUCACGAGUCGCGCGAAUGCUCGAAUAUGGUGGGAAUUCCCAUGUGUAAUAUAGUAUUCUAGAAAUGCUUUAUACUUCAAUCUUUGCA